AUGAAACAAACGGUGUUACAAACACUGCUCGAUCCCGCCUCAACGGUGGCGGUGUACAGUAAGAAGCAACGGCCGCAACAUGCCACCUGCACCAACAACCGACGCGACGCGGCCCGUGGCUUCCUGCCCAAGGACAAGUGCCGUGCGCCGGGCCGGGUGCCAGUGUUCGCGGUCGGGCUGCUGUUCUGCGUCACCGUGUACCUGUACUUUACCACCACCAUCUGGCCCGAUGCGACCCAGAUGAUCGUGACCAUACCGGCGGAUGAUGCCGACCUACCCGGACCGAAAGACCAAAUUGCAACAAAAUGCACCAACAACCAGGCUUAUGCUUCACAAGCGAGAGCAGAUGAACUGCAACUCACUUCCAAUCGAAUUAUUCCGCUCGUUCCCCAAACCAAUGCCUCCACCGCCGCCGCCCUCGCCCCUGCAAUCAACAACCACCUCACGAAUGGCACCCUUGCCAACGUGCCGUCGCCGAUGGUGGUCGAAAACGGUUGCAAUCCGGCUGCAAUUGAUCACCAUUCGACGGUGGCGGAUGGUGAACCCUCGCUCACUAACAACAACACCACCAUCACCACGACCGAACCGCCCGAUCCAUCCGCCCCAGUGCCGAAGGGGUUCAUCGUGUGGGGCCCGGGCUGCCAGAUAAUGGACCUGAACCCGGUGGCGAAGGACGUGAUGCGGCUGUUCAGCAAGGAGCGGUUUGUGCCGUGCAGUCCGAAGCAACCGCUCACCACGAUCGAGCAGCACUUCGACAACGACACGGUACUGGUGCGGUUCCAUCGCGACCGGUUGGAUGCGUUCAUGCCGCACUAUAUGCGGUACGUUCGGUGCUGCUAUCAGAGCAUCGAGCGAUCGGGGGCAAAGGAUAAGGCUGACAAAAACUUCUGGGUUGGAGAGUGUAUUGCUUUCAACGAGUCGUUCCUGUUGCCUCCUUCGGUACGAAACGGAAUUCUAAUACGAUGCAAAGCUGGUGUGUCCGAGUCGAGCAAAUCGAAAAAGGCGAUCUACACGAACGUGCAUGCGCUGGUGCGUCCGCAGCCGAAUGUCCGGGAGCGCAUAGACAAGUUCAAUGGACGAGCGGAAAAGCGACCCCUGAGCGUGCUCAUGAUUGGCAUCGACAGUAUAUCGCGGCUGAAUCUCAUCCGCGCGAUGCCUCAUACGGCGCAGCAUCUCUACGAUACGGGUUGGUUCGAACUGAAAGGAUACAAUAAGAUUGACGACAACACUUAUCCGAACCUGAUGGCCAUCCUGACCGGGUACAACAACUCACUCGCCUACUCGGUGUGCAAUCCGAAGAAGGUGGGCCAGCUCGAAGAGUGUCCGUUCAUGUGGAAGUACUUCGCCGACAAUGGGUACGCGACCGCCUACGCGGAGGAUGAGGCCAGCAUCAACACCUUCAACUACCACAAGUAUGGGUUUGUGGCGCAACCAACCGACCACUACUUCCGACCGGUAGCGCUAGCGGCGGAAAAGAAUCUCUCCAAGAAGAUGAAAAACUCGCUCACCUUCUGUCUCGGGUAUCAGAACUACGCCGAUUACAUCUACCAGUACGCGCUGGACUUUGCGUCACAGUACCGGAACGAUCCGUACUUCGGGCUGUUCUGGACGAACACGUUCAGCCACAACGACAUCAGCGAUCCGUCCUCUAUGGACCGGCGCAUGAAGUACUACAUCGAGCAGCUGGAUGAGCGAGGAAUUCUCAACAACAGUAUGGUGGUGUUUUUUAGCGACCAUGGGCUGCGCUUCGGACCCGUCCGUAUGCUGCUCACGGGUUGGUUGGAGGAGCGUUUGCCGUUUAACUUCAUCUGGCUGCCCGACUGGUUCCGCGACGAGCAUCCGGAGAUUGUGCAGGCGCUAAAGAUUAACCGCAACCGGUUGACGAACCCAUACGAUCUGCACGCCACGCUCAAGCAUGUGCUGGAGCUGUCGGGACGCAUCGAAAACCUGCCCGGUCCGCUUAGCUGUCCCAACUGCCAGAGCAUCUUCAUGGAGGCGCCGUGGAAUCGAUCGUGCGAGGAGACAGCGAUCGAAUCGCACUGGUGCACCUGUGCCAAUUUUCAACCCAUCGACAAGCGGUCACCGAUGGUGCAGCGGGCGAUCGCGUACGUGAUCGAUUACGUGAACCGUGAUCUGGAGGACCACCGGAACAGCACGACGUCCAACUAUGCUUGCGCCAAGCUGACACUUGGAUCGAUCACGCUCGCAAAAAUGGCGCACGAACCGAAGGGAAAGCUACCGUACAAGGACUAUUUGCUCAUCUUCGAGGGUAAACCGGGCGGUGGGAAGUUUGAGUCGACGGUACGACACUACGCGGAACGGGAUGCGUUCGAGAUUACCGGUUCGAUUAGCCGGUUGAAUGAGUAUGCUAGUCAAAGCGAGUGCAUGCAUAUAGACUACCUGCGGAAGUAUUGCUACUGCCAGCGUACUAAACUUUUCUAG